GCGCGCCGCACCCGUCGCCGUCCGCACCGUGCUCGCUCGUACGCCGUGCGUGAAAACAUCACUGAAAAUUUAGAUUUCAGUAAACAUGGGUGAAGUGAUCUACGAGUGACUUGGUGUGGAUAAUAUCAACAUAUCUAAUGCAUAUCCCACAGUACCAUAGUGUAUCUUUGCUAUAGUGUAGGAUAAUAAGUGUAAAUCAUAUCAAUUUAGUGCCGUAAAGUGUAAGUGAACAUAUCUAGUGCCAUAUCGUUUAAUUCUAGUGUUUAUUAGCCAAAAGUAAGUGAUUAAGUGACAAAGUGAUUGUUUUUGCGGUAAACUUGUGUUCCGCAUUAGUGAAGUGACAUCGAGUGUGACAGACGUCACUGGUGAUAGCUGUCAGAGUGCAUGAAAAUGUCGGAGCGCUUCAAAGUGACGAAGCACGAGGAGCCCAGCGGGAAGACAUACAAGAACUAUGGCGCCACUUCAGCUGAGAGCGAUGUGGAGCUGAAAGGGAAGCUGCUGCCUGACUCAGGUGACACCGAUGAACAUGGCCUGCCAGUGGAGAAGGACAAAAGCUGCGACACCAACCUCUAUCUUUACCAUGAAGAGAUCGAGGACCGGCCGCGCGCAGCGACUUUCCUCAGCUCGCUCGCCGACUACUCGAACACCAUCCCGACGGCGGCCGCCGGCGACCCCGACGCGGCGAAACCGGCGCCGCCGGCACGCAUGGGCACGCUCAUCGGCGUCUACCUGCCCUGCAUCCAGAACAUCUUCGGCGUCAUCCUCUUCAUCCGUCUUACGUGGGUCGUGGGCACUGCGGGCGCGAUACAAGGCUUCCUGAUUGUGCUGGUCUGCUGUUGUACGACGAUGCUCACGGCGAUAUCGAUGUCCGCCAUCGCGACGAACGGCGUGGUGCCGGCAGGGGGCUCGUACUUCAUGAUCGGCCGCGCGCUCGGGCCCGAGUGCGGCGGCGCGGUCGGCAUGCUGUUCUACACCGGCACCACGCUGGCGGCCGCCAUGUACAUCGUCGGUGCCGUCGAGAUCGUGCUGACGUACAUGGCGCCUUGGAUAUCCAUAUUCGGGGACUUCACCAAGGACCCGGAGGCGAUGUACAACAACUUCCGCGUGUACGGGACAGGCUUGCUGCUGGUGAUGGGGACGGUCGUGUUCGUGGGCGUCAAGUUCGUGAACAAGUUCGCCACCGUCGCACUGGCCUGCGUAAUACUCUCCAUCACGGCUGUCUACGUCGGAAUCUUCGUCAACUUCAACGGAAACGACGCUCUUCAAAUGUGCGUGCUUGGCAAACGGCUAAUGAAAGACAUCCACAUCAGCAACUGCUCCAAGACCGUCAACGGAGAGCUGCACAACUUAUUCUGCGCCAACAACACCUGCGAUCCUUACUACACGGCGCACAACGUCAGCAUCGUCCAGGGUAUUAAGGGCUUAGCCAGUGGAGUAUUCUUCGACAAUCUGCAAGACUCGUUCCUCCAAGCCGGACAGUAUAUCGCAUACGGCAAGGAGCCCGAUGACAUUGAGCAGAUGGAGCGGCCCACGUACAACCAGAUCUACGCUGACCUUACCACGACCUUUACCAUCUUGAUCGGAAUCUUCUUCCCUUCGGUCACGGGUAUCAUGGCUGGCUCGAACCGUUCUGGAGACUUGGCGGACGCGCAGAAGAGCAUCCCUAUCGGUACCAUCGGUGCUAUCUUGACCACAUCGACGGUCUACCUGUCUUGCGUGCUGCUUUUCGCUGGAACCGUUGAUAACUUACUGCUUCGAGACAAGUUUGGUCAGUCUAUUGGUGGUAAACUGGUGGUGGCUAAUAUGGCGUGGCCGAACCAGUGGGUGAUCCUCGUGGGGUCUUUCCUCUCGACCCUGGGCGCUGGACUGCAGUCCCUGACUGGAGCUCCGCGUCUGCUGCAGGCUAUCGCUAAAGACGAGAUCAUUCCGUUCUUGGCACCAUUCGCUGUUUCAUCCAGCCGGGGCGAACCAACAAGGGCCCUGCUGUUAACGAUGGCGAUCUGCCAGUGCGGCAUCCUGCUGGGCAACGUUGACAUCCUCGCUCCCCUCUUGUCGAUGUUCUUCCUCAUGUGCUACGGGUUUGUUAACCUAGCCUGCGCUCUGCAGACCCUGCUCAAGACUCCCAACUGGAGGCCUAGAUUCAAAUAUUACCACUGGUCUCUGUCGCUGGCUGGAUUGGUCCUGUGCAUCUCCAUUAUGUUUAUGACCUCCUGGUUCUACGCUCUCAUCGCCAUGGGCAUGGCUGGGCUUAUCUACAAGUACAUUGAAUACCGCGGAGCUGAAAAGGAAUGGGGUGAUGGACUCCGAGGUUUGGCUCUUUCUGCGGCCCGCUACUCGUUGCUGCGCCUUGAACAAGGUCCGCCUCAUACUAAGAACUGGCGCCCUCAAGUUCUGGUGCUGGCAAAACUGAAUGACGAUCUAAUGCCUACUUAUCGGAAGAUGCUCGCCUUUGCCAGUCAACUGAAAGCUGGUAAGGGUCUAACAGUGUGUGUAUCCGUGCUGAACGGUGAGUUCCCGAGACGCGCGGGUGAGGCGUCCACCGCGCGGCAGAACCUGAAGCGCUGUAUGGAUGAGGAGAAACUCAAGGGCUUCGUCGACGUGCUGGUCUCGCCCGCUAUUGCUGAUGGAUUGAGCCAUUUCGUCCAAACAACCGGUCUAGGCGGGCUGAAGCCGAACACCGUGAUCGUGGGCUGGCCGUAUGGCUGGCGGCGCUCCGAGGAGUACCAGACCGACAGCCUGCCCAAGUGGCACUCGUUCCUGCACACCGUGCGCGCCGUCACCGCCGCCCGCAUGGCCAUGCUCGUGCCUAAGGGCAUCAACUUCUUCCCCGACUCUUCUGAGAAGGUCUCCGGCAACAUCGACAUCUGGUGGAUCGUGCACGACGGCGGCAUGCUGAUGCUGCUGCCCUUCCUGCUGAAGCAGCACCGCACCUGGAAGAACUGCAAGAUGCGCAUCUUCACCGUGGCGCAGAUGGAGGACAACUCUAUCCAGAUGAAGAAGGACCUCAAGAUGUUCCUGUACCAGCUGCGACUGGAGGCCGAAGUUGAAGUCGUUGAAAUGACGGACAGUGACAUCUCCGCCUACACGUACGAGCGCACGCUGAUGAUGGAACAGCGCAACCAGAUGCUGCGCGAGCUGCGGCUCAACAAGAAGGAAACGCUCGGCAUGAUGCAAAAUUUCGUGGACUAUCGUGAAAAUGCUGAGGAGAAGUUACCUCUGGUGCAAGCGAUAGUGGACCAUCACCACGCUGACGUAAAGACGGCCAGUAAGGUCAGAUUCGCCGAGCCGGGCGCCGCGGAAGGCGAGGACGCGCCCUCCCCGCCCCUCACCGACAACGAAGACAAGGAGAAGGAUGACAAGGACGACUUUCGAAGUAGUCUGUUGCACAUAAUCGAUUCAUUGUGGGACUCGCCCGAUGACCCGUCGCAGUGCGAGGGGGCCAACUCGCCGCCGCCGGAGGAGCCCAAGGAGGCGGGCCCCAACGGCGACGCCUUCAAGCCCAAGCCCAACGUCGCCGACAUCACGCCUGACGAGGGCACGGUGCGGCGGAUGCACACGGCCGUGAAGCUCAACGAGGUGAUCGUGACGCGGUCGCACGACGCGCAGCUCGUGAUCCUCAACCUGCCCGGCCCGCCGCGCGACACCAAGUUUGAGAGGGAGUCGAACUACAUGGAGUUCCUGGAGGUGCUGACGGAGGGCCUGGAGAAGGUGCUGAUGGUGCGCGGCGGCGGGCGCGAGGUCAUCACCAUCUACUCGUGAAUCGCGCGCCUCAUUGUGAUUCUACUUACUAUUAGUGCUCUACUUUGAACUGUUGCGUCUCGUUAAUCAUUUUAAUGUUAUCGCAUAAUCGCUCUCGAAGACUGCCGAGACGAACGUUACGUACCGGCGUUCAAAAAUGUAUUAUGACGUAUAUAUUAUGUAUUUUCUUACAAUUUAUUGACGUUCGUUUGUCUUGUAAACGUUAGUUAGCUUAGUUCUAAAUGUUUUGUUGAAUUUGCUGUUUAGAGUGGAGUUGUUUUGGAAUUUAUUCACUGUUGUAUAGGUAGAGGUAUGGAUGAAAACGAGUGUGAGUCUUAACGAGGAGCCUUAAAUCGAAGGUAGUUUUAAGUUUGUUUUGUUAUACUAGUGUAGAGACUACGCUAUAACAUAAUUUAGACACAUAAGAGGUCUCUUAAUUAAUGCCAUAUUGUUUUCCUUUCUGAAGAAUGUAGUGCCUCGAGCAUAUAGUUUUCUUAUUUUUUAUAUGAUUUCUUUUUCUAUCAAUGUUUAAAAGAAACGUAGAUACUUUGUAAGCGUAUACAUUUACUUAAGAGGGAAACCAUGAAGAUUUUUAUCUACUUAUAUGAAAUGUAUUUUGUAAAUAAUUAUUCUGUUCUAAGAUUUUUACAUCUGCUCAACUUAAAACUUGCCGUGGGACUGAAGAGUGAAUAUUGCUAUUCAUAUUUCUGGACGAUUUGAAGAUGAGUGAUAUAAAACGUAAAGCAAUCUUAAAUCUAGUCAUAUUCGACACUAGUUGCCUUCAAUGAAUGAUUAGUUUUUACAUGAACAAAACCUUUGUAUCCCUCCCCUAAAUAUCAAUGCAUACUAGGUUAUCGCUUAACCUGCCUACAAUCAUUUCGUGAAUAUCCUCAAGGUUUUAUGGUGAGUAGAUACCAACGCUUAUGUCAACGCUAGAUAUUUUUAAAUACCUUUUACUUUUAAAAAUAUCCUAGUCAUUGAGAAAGCAUAUUAAUAGCAGCAAAAGCUAGUUUGAUAAAAAAAAAACAUUUUGAAAAUACUCUAGCGAUAAAGCAAUGAAGCAUUUUCUCGCCCGGCUAGUUAUAAUUCCUACCAGGUUAGACUAAUGCAGUUGAAUUUAAUCCUUAACUUGUCCCAUUAUUACCUUUAUCUAAUGUUUAACUUGUUACGCACACUCGCGUAGAUAGAUGAUGUCUUAUUGUGAUCGUUUGUGUGCGUUCUCGUCCUUAACCUGGACAGUAAGUUGUACAAUACUUGCGUUUGCAUGUAAAUCUAAAGUUUUGUAGUGGACAAGAGCUUUUACACGCGUCCAUUAGGGGCGCUAAUCAUGUUUCCACACAAAAAUUAAAUUUACACAAACGUUAUUUCUUAAGGACAUACAUUACCUACUUAUGUAUAACAUUAUAACUUUGUUCGGGGUAUAGGACUUCUACUUAUGGUUUUGAAACUGAAUGAUUGUUUAUGAUCAAAACGUUUACCGAACGUAUGUUGUGAACGAAUGUGGACAGCAAACAUUGUGUCGCUCUAAAACGGUGAUAUUAAUUUACAAUAUGAUGAAUGACUUCGUCAAAAUAUUGUAACAGAGUUCGGUUACACUUUUGAUGAUACAAUAAUUGAGUCGAGACGGGAAAUUUUACUUAAGUAAUAAAUGACACCAAAGGCAAUGUAGUUAGUUAUAAGUAUCAUUACAAAUAUUACAGAGUGUAAAUUGUUAGCUCGUCUCGCAAAAACUCGUCAAUUUUCAUUUUCACAGAUUGUCCUCUCUGAGAUAUGAAAAUCUGUGUCCAGUUUAGAUUGCGUUUCACUUCGUCGUGUGAAACGCCAAUAUAACACUUGGGCCAGACUUUCAUUUCUAGAAAGGACGGUAAGUCUAGUAUAAACUUAUUUCUAAAGAGUGUUAGGUAACUGCCAAAUAGGAAUCGGUGUUGUAAAAUAUCCUAGUCCAUAAGUGAGGUACCUAAUUCUAAUUAAUUUCAUCGUUCAAAAUUCUUGUAAUUAGAUCAGAAUCCAAAAUAUUCGCUGUAAGAGAAGUCUAGUGCAUGAUAUCACUUUUACGAUUACUAGGUAGAGAACAUAGACCAUAGGAAACAUUUUAACUCAAAUAGGGGAAUGAGAUAGGUAUGUCGCAAUUACUUACAUCGUCGUAUAAUAAUAUGGAAGAGGACAAUACUCGCUGCGCGGGGCCCGGCGCCCGCGCAGCCGCGGCGGCCGUCGACGGCGCGAGGUUCAACACCCUGUACUUUAAGAAUCUUAGUAUUACAUAGAUUAUAGAUUCGAAACUUUCAUCUAUUCUUCAUGUUCAGAAACGAGUGGUCGCUAUAAAUUAACUUCUAUGAUAUGUUGAAAAAGAAAACAACAUAAAAUUUUACUAUUAUGCCUACAAAUAAGAGAAUUUCACUUAAUAAAAUUAAGUAUAAAUAAAUUAUUCUAAAUUAUAUUAAUUGAUAAAUCAAUACUUAACGGUUGUUUAAGUUUAUUGAUGUGUUCUUAAUCACUAGUGAUACUUCAUGGAAUAAUUGAAAUAGUGAUCACAUAUCUAUCUUCCUUUCCACAUAGAACUAUUUCUACAAAACUGUUUAUGCCUAUUAAUAGGUAAUAGACGAAAAAUUUUAUUUAAAUAAAAAAAUAUUAAAUUAUAUUACUACAAUUCAUAUAAAAAUAUAAUAAUAUUUACAAGUAUUCUAAACUACUUACUAUGCCUAGACUAUCUGAAAUAUUAACAAUAAUGACUCUAUAUUUUAUGAAUUCCGAAAUUCAAAUAAUCAACCUACCAUAAGGCAAUCAACUGAAAACAUACUUAGUGAUCACCGGAAGAAACUUCGUCAAAAGCAACAUCUAUAAACCUACAGUCUAACAACAACCUUAGAUCAUGAAGAUUUUAUGUGUAGGUGCCUACCUAUUCUUCGUUAUGUAGUUUCACUUUAUUUUCAUUGAGUCAAUCCUUGC